AAGAUGGGAUAUAGCGAGCAUGGAUACAAGUUAACGAUGACGGGAGAAAAAAAGAAGAAAAAGCGGCUGAACCGCAGCAUUCUUUUGGCUAAGAAAAUUAUAAUAAAAGAUGGAGGCAGUCCUCAGGGGAUUGGCGAGCCCAGUGUAUAUCAUGCUGUGGUGGUCAUUUUCCUGGAGUUCUUCGCCUGGGGGCUGCUCACCACUCCGAUGCUCACGGUUUUACAUCAGACUUUCCCCCAGCACACAUUCCUAAUGAAUGGGCUCAUUCAUGGUGUCAAGGGCCUGCUGUCCUUCCUGAGUGCCCCCCUGAUUGGGGCCCUGUCAGAUGUGUGGGGUCGCAAGUCCUUCCUGCUGCUGACUGUCUUCUUCACCUGUGCCCCCAUCCCCCUCAUGCGGAUCAGCCCCUGGUGGUACUUCGCAGUCAUUUCCAUGUCGGGCGUCUUCGCCGUAACCUUCUCUGUGAUCUUCGCCUACGUGGCAGACAUCACGCAGGAGCACGAGAGGAGCACAGCCUACGGUUUGGUGUCGGCGACGUUUGCGGCCAGCCUAGUGACCAGUCCAGCAAUCGGGGCAUACCUUUCCCGGGCAUAUGGCGACACGCUGGUGGUCAUCCUGGCCACGGCCAUCGCGCUGCUGGACAUCUGUUUCAUCCUGGUGGCCGUUCCUGAGUCACUGCCAGAGAAAAUGAGGCCAGCGUCCUGGGGUGCCCCCAUUUCCUGGGAGCAGGCUGACCCUUUCGCUUCGCUGCGCAAGGUUGGCCAGGAUUCCACGGUCCUCCUCAUCUGCAUCACUGUCUUUCUGUCUUACCUCCCGGAGGCGGGCCAGUACUCCAGCUUCUUCCUCUAUCUCCGACAGGUCAUAGGGUUCACCUCAGAGACGGUGGCAGCCUUUAUCGCAGUGGUGGGAAUCCUGUCCAUCUUGGCGCAGACGGUGGUGCUUGGGAUCCUCAUGCGCUCCAUUGGGAACAAGAACACCAUCCUGCUGGGCCUUGGGUUUCAGAUCCUGCAGCUGGCCUGGUAUGGCUUUGGGUCGCAGCCGUGGAUGAUGUGGGCAGCAGGAGCUGUGGCCGCAAUGUCCAGCAUUACCUUCCCCGCCAUCAGUGCCAUCGUGUCCCGCAACGCCGACCCGGACCAGCAGGGAGUGGUACAGGGCAUGAUCACAGGGAUUCGAGGGCUUUGUAAUGGGCUGGGACCGGCGCUCUACGGGUUUGUCUUCUACCUGUUCCACGUGGAGCUGAACGAGAUGGACGCUGUGGAGAGCCCUGACAAGGACACUAAACCCAACAUGGCCAACCCUACAGAUGAGAGUGCCAUCAUCCCUGGGCCACCCUUCCUGUUCGGAGCGUGCUCAGUGCUGCUGUCACUGCUGGUGGCCCUCUUCAUCCCCGAGCACAGCGGCCUCAACCUGCGGGCCGGCAGCUACAAGAAGCACAGCAACGGAGCGCAGAGCCACUCCCACAGUCCCCAGGCGGGGGGCGCAGAGGGAAAGGAGCCUCUCCUGGAGGACAGCAGCGUAUAGCCCUGGUGGCGGGGGGGAUGGAGAUGCCACAACCCCUUGCCCUCCCUCCUGUGAGCUGCAGUAGGGGGCACUGUCUCCGCAGCUCAGAGUGGGCCCGCUUCUCACCUUUUACCAACUGGCUGGCUGGAGGACUCCAUGCAGCGUGGGCGCACUGCCUGGAGUGAGGUCCAGAGAGAGAGAGAGAGAGAGAGAGAGACGCUGGAGCAGGCAGUGUAUCAGCGUGGGAGAGUACCGGGCCCUGCAGGCCUGUCCCCUCGGCCUGCGCCAGGAUUCCUGGACAGGGAUUGGGGCUUGCACUCUUAAGAGACACACACAUACACGUACAGCAUACACACAUGCUGAAGGAUUUUUCGUUUUGUUAUUACUUUAAACAAGCUCUGUGUGUGUGUUAUUUUUAAAUCUUUUUUUUUUUUUUAAAGACAGCCUAGACAAAGAUGUGUAAAAUUUCCUGUCCAAAGAAAUAGGCAGAAUAACAGUUCAACCUCAUCUGUCAAUGUUUAGUUAUUAAUGUUCAUCAUUAUUGAGGAUUGGCAAGUCGCAGAUAAUCUUGUUUAUUUUUAUUAAAUGUAUGAGAGUAAGGGAAAUGUAGGCACUCUGUACCACUACACUGUCCACUGAGUUCAUGACUGUAAUGGAUCAAAAUCUUCACUACUAAAAAUGUUAGUUCUAAGCCCAUGGAAAGCCCUGCCCUUCCUGUUUAUAUGGACUGAAUCCAAUAUAAAGUAUCUUUUUUUUUUUUAUUCAUUUUGUGGAGACAGGUCAAAGCUGCUUUGUACAGAAGACAAUUCCGUUAAUUGCUGGUGGCAGAAGAGAGCUUUUUCAUCAAAAUGUGUAAGGCCAUCUUAUCCAUGGCACGAUGCUGCUUUCAUAAGUACCAGUCAGUUUUGUUUGUUUGUUUUCUUUGAAUUGUCCUGUAUGCACCAGGUACUGAUUUUUGUUUCUGUUGUUAACUGUACCAAGAGGAUAGCUGUGCUAAAGACUUCAUGACUGAAAAAGUUGCCUUUAAGUGACUAAUAUUACCCAACCUGAAUGAAGAAUUUCUGUUCUGAAAAGGGUUAGUAAUCGUAAUAUCGCUCCCAUUGGAGCUUCUGUGCAUUUCAAAAGCUUAUUUGUUUGUUGUCGUCCUUCUCAAUUUCACAUUUCUAACACCGCAUCUUUGUGAAGGUUGGCAACACAGUACUGUACGCAGAGACAAGACGAAUUGUAGUACACUUCAUAAACCUGUGGACAGUCUUAAAUUCUAGAUGUGAUAUCAAUGUGACCACUGAUUUUUUAAAAAUAGAGAAUAUAUAUCAAAUUAGAUCAUAAAUUAGGAUUAUGACUGUAAAUUGAGAUGUAUGUGUGUUGUUGCAUUAGAACAACAGGGUUAGAGAAAACCCUUUUAUGUGCUGUUGUACAAAAGACUGCCAGUGUGGUAAUUGGUAUUAUGGUUUGGCUGUUAAUAGUUUUGAAACAUCUAAAGGCAUUUUUUCUUAGAGCUGU